ACUAGAGAAAAAUGGCCAAAUGGGGGAUGAAUAAUGAUGAGAAACCUCCACCUUCGCUGCAGCACUCGUCGUUCCCCACCACUCGCGGCAAGUCUGGAGUUGCCAGACCGCCUUCCUUUGUCUCCGCCCGUCCCCUGGCUAAGAAGGCUAACAGUUUCAGCUCAUGGCUUCAUUUAGAUCAUUUUUAAACAGUCCAGUUGGCCCUAAAACAACUCAUUUCUGGGGUCCUGUUGCAAACUCGGGAUUUGUUGCAGCGGGUCUGGCAGACACGCAGAAGCCUCCUGAAAUGAUAUCUGGAAACAUGACAUCAGCAAUGUGCAUAUAUUCUGCAUUGUCCAUGAGAUUUGCAUGGAUGGUUCAGCCUCGCAACUAUCUGCUUUUGGCAUGCCAUGCCUCAAAUGAGUGUGUUCAGCUGUAUCAACUAUCCCGUUGGGCAAAGGGUCAGGGAUACUUGCAGCAAAAGCAGGAGGAUGAAGCCCAUUGAAAUUUGUGUCUCAUCUAUGUUCCUUGUGGAUCUCUUUAUUCCCGUCAAGGUUUGGCUGCUUUUUUUCUUUUUUUAAGAUGGCGGCAUAAAAAAAAGAUUCCGAGUACCGGCUCGGACAGUAAGCUGGAAGAAGGUAAAUUGAACUAUAAGAAUGCAACUUAAAGAUCACUCAGGGACCACUCUUUAUAUUCGGUUCGUGUAUAUGAUGCUUUUAAUUUUUUUCUCGAGGCUCGCACUUUAGGAGAGAAUCAUGUA